CAAAAAAAAAUAUCCGUUGGCAGCAGCAUUAAUUUCUCCAACAGCCAUAUUUUUGAAAAUCUGGACGUUGGAGACCACCUUUUCUAUAAAUUGGGACCCCCUCUCCUCACUUUUACACACACAAACACAUAUUCCUUCAAUAUCUUCACCUAUUUCAUCCUCUCUACUCUAAUUUUUUGAGAUUUCUUCACUAUGGGCAAAGACAAGAGCAGGGCAGGCACUUCCGGGAAAUCAAAGUCCAAAUCCCGGGCGCCUACAUCAUCCUCCGAGGAGCACCUCUACUAUGGCGACGGGUCAUACCUUUGGUUUGAUUCCGAGGAGGAGCGCACCCGUUUCCUCACCUUUUUCUCUAAACGGGCGCGCAAGGAGAUCAACCCGGCGCUGAUCCGGGCCUUCUACUCCAACCGCCGGCGUGAGGAUGACGUGCUCUACUCGCUUGUCAAGAGCACGCCGAUUGAGCUCACCAUGGAGCAGCUUGGGCGCAUCGCCGGCCUCCCCUUCCAAGGCGACGAUGUGUCUCACUAUGGCGGAGAGGACUGGGUGCUCAACAACGAGGGCCUUAUCCUCAACGAGGUUGGCAUCACCGAGCUCAUCUGCCAUGCCUCGGGCCGCCCCACCAUCCACUCCGCUAACCCCGAUGGCCAUCUUCUUCUCUACAUCGUCUCCCGGAUCAUCAAACCCAGAAAGCACGGCCACACCAUCAUGUCCGGUGAAGAUCUCAAGCUCAUCCAUGCGAUCAUGCACUCGGCCCCAAUCAAUUGGGCAAAGUUUGUCAUGAUCAACAUGACGAUUGCCGCGUCCACCGACCACGACCACCUCCUCCCGUACCCGUUCGUGGUGAUGGACAUCCUUGAACGGUUCAAGGUGACCACCACCGUUGGCCCACUCACAAAGGCCACGAAGAUUUGGGCGGUCAGCACCAAAACCUUGAAGAAGUGGUCGGACAACGCCGGACCUGCCACUGCCGUGCAACAGCGCCGCUCUGCUGCUGGCCCAGCCGAAGCCCAGGCCUGGGCCAACCUUGCCUCCAUCGCCGACUCCCUCAACCGGCUUCACUUCAAAGUUGACGGGAUGGAUGGCUACCUUGAGCGGCUCGACGAGGCUGUUCAACGCCAAGGGCACGCCAUGAACGCAUACUUCCAACGCGUUAACUACGUCCCCCCACCGUACCAUGGCACGUUCUUUGGGCAAGUGUACGGUGACGAGGACGAAGAGGAUGGCUCCUACGCCCCGUCAAGUUCCCCGGACGAGGACGAGUUCGACGAUGCCGUUGACGAUAUUGAGACAAAGGGAUACAGUUACACGGAGUCUGAGUCGUAGAAAGGUUUUGACGGUGCAAACGUCUUAACUUAUAAUCUGGGGGGCAAUAAUGUGUUGCUAGAUACCGCUUAUUGCUUAUAGUAUUGGUGCAGAGCCAAUACUGUGGCCAGCUUUAUAAGUGCCUAUACGGGUCACACACUUUGAACAAUUUAAGGAGUAGGAUUAAACAAUGGGAUAAUAA